GUACCGUUGACAGUUUGAAUGUAAACGCGAAAUUAUUCAAAAUUUGAUUCUUUCUUGUGAUAUCGUUAAUUGUGAUAGUAUAUUAGUGUAGAUUUAAACUUCAAGAAUUUACAAUACAGAGAAUACAUUUGACCGCAAUGGAGAACAUAAAACUAUUAGUUGUCGGCGACGGCGGCGUCGGCAAGAGUUGUCUUCUUAUAGCAUACACAACCAGCGCGUUCCCGUCGAAGUACGUCCCGACAGUUUUUGACAAUUACUCUGCCAAUAUAAUGGUUGAUGGGAAAGCGGUCAAUUUGGGCCUCUGGGAUACCGCCGGACAGGAGGAUUACGACCGCCUCAGACCCCUUUCCUAUCCAGGGACGGACGUGUUUUUCAUCUGUUUUGACCUAAGCAGACGAUCUUCAUUUGAAAACGUGGAGCCAAAAUGGCUACCGGAAGUGAGACAUUACUGCCCAAAUACACCGAUUGUACUAGUCGGGUGCAAAGCUGACCUGCCGUCCGCAGUAUCCGCAGCCGAUAUCGGCAAGCUUACCAAGACUCAUGGACUCAAAUACUGUGAAACCAGCGCCCUCACACAGAGGGGUUUGAAGAAUUGCUUUGAUGAAGCUACACGGUCAGUUCUUAACGCACCAAAGACAAAGAAGUCCAUGGGUUUGUUCAGUAAAUUGAAAAAGACCAUCACGGAUCCGCCAGUUAUGCCGCAGACAGGUUGUAGUCUGGGUUUCAAGGCAGAAAAAAGUGAAAAAUGAGGAAAUUUACUGCACCCCUCUGCUAUACAAAAUAUUUUGAUAUCAAACUGUAAGUUAGGUUCUGUAGAACACGAAAAGUGAGUUUGGCCAGUGGGCGGCUCUUGCGGAAAGGAAAUAUUCAAGAUGGCGCUCAAGAUGGCCUCCAUUAAUUUCCAUUUCAGUUAAAAUACUAUGUUUGAAUAUAGCUGUUUUCAUCAAAUAUCUAAGACGAUAUAUAUUUCUCAUAAUGUACUUCAAAUUGACAUAUAAUCUUAACUAAUUCAAGGUAAAUGUAUAAAAAAUACCCCAAAAUUUGAUUUUUCCUGUUUACUUUUAUUUUUAAUUCAUUUAUGUUUAGUGUCUGUGAAAAAGUGGUGGCAGAAUUGUUAAUUGUACAUUCCUUCAUUUAAAACAAUAUUUUAGGAUAUAGCUUUUAUAUUUUUAAUAACGUCAAGGUUUCAUACUAUAAUAGCAUCCCAAAGGUGGUCGCAGGAUUGCUAUUGUUGUACGAGUAUACGUCUUAUAGCAAACUUUGCUAGUGUGCCGUCUAAAUGCAUGGCAUGUGUCUCUUUCAUAAUGUGCUUUAUGUUAACAUUUUUAUCUGACCUCUCCCAUGUCAAAGUUAAGUUCAUUUCAGUCAAUUCAAGGUCAUGGUCAUUUCAAGGUCAAGAUAUGAAAAUAACUCAAAGAAUGAUUUUCCCUGUAUACUUUAAUUUACGUUUAGUAUGUGUCUUCAGGCAUUGACAGAAUUGUAAAUUUUAUGUUCACUCAUUUAAAACAAUAGUUUAGGGUAUAGUUUUUUCUUGUUUUUUCGAAACCGCCACCGCCAAGGAUCAUACCGUUACAGUGUGCCAAAUAAAGGUGAUCGCAAGCUAUUGCAAUUGUUGAACGAGUCUUUUGGCACAUUGUGCUAGUGUUACAGUUAAUUUAUAUGUAUAUCCUAUUUCAUGGCAUGUAUCAAUUUCAUAAUGUGCUUCAUGCUGACAUACGUAUCUGAUUGCUUCAAGGUCAAGGUCAGUUCAAGGUCAAAAUACACUGCACCACAAACAGUUAUGAAUGUUGUUUAUUUUCGUCUUCUUAUUUUUUAAGUUUGUUAAUUAAAUUGUGUUUGCAGAGAAGUAAUUGUUAAUUUCCUCUCUUUGUGAUCUCUGUUCAGUUACUUUUCAUUGAAAUGUUUUAAAGGUGUUAUGGAGACAACUAGGUGUCGUUCUAGUACAUGUUACCCAAGGCGGUUACCACAACUUGUUGUUUGAAAGGGACUUCAUUAUUAGAACAUUGUAACUGUUUCAUUUUAAACACAUAUAUCCUUAAGAAUAGAUUGUAACUGUUUUAUAAUGUAUUUCAUAAUGAAAUACAAAAUUAAGCUUUUCAA